GCAGCACAGCUUAUGAAAUAGUGUUUAUCAUAUAAUAGCUAUACAUCAGACGUAUAUAUAUAUUUUUAAUCAAUAAUUUAUAUUUUAUUUAAACAAUAAGUGAUUUAGGUCUUAAUAGUAAGCCAUGUUGUAUUAAGAAUUUUAAUUGUGGUGUAAAAAAUGAUUCCGUUGAAGUGAUUGUGUUGUUUUUGACUAAAGUGUAUUUCCAAAAUGGCGACGGAGGAUACAAGGAAGCGCAAUACUAAAUUGGAUGGUUUUGAAAUGAGCGAUGCUCAGAAGAAGGACGAGUUUAACGAAGUAAAUGGAAAAAUUAAUCAUGAUCUCUUAGACUAUGAACCAAACGGCUGGUUCGAGGUCACUCUGUCGAAGAUGGGCCACUCCACCGAGGACUUCAUACGGAACAACUUCUCCGCCAUGAAGAUCAUAUCUCUCUUCAUUCUGAACGGACUUGUUAUCGGCUUCUUCUUCGCGUGCAUGUAUUACUGGAUGUAUCACGAUAACAAGCCCUUAGAGCUGUGUAACGGCUUCGGCAGCCUCAUAGCAUUCCUGGGCAUCAUAUAUUUCUUCCUCAUCUAUUUCCAAGUCAUAAAAAGAUUCUUUGGGAAAUGGUUCGAGAGGACCAUAUGGAGUAGGGUUGAUAAUAUCGCGUCGUUUUUAUGGAAAUUUGUGCUGUUUAGAUGGUGUCUCUCUCUAGCAAUUGUAGCAGCAAUCGGUAUUUUCUUGUAUAUGGACACGAGAGACGACCCGCAACGGCUCACGUCCUUGCUGGGUGUAUCGUUCUUAUUAAUUCUAGGUUUUGUGUUCUCACUCCAUCCCGGGCGUGUGAAUUGGCGCACGGUUAUCGUUGGAUUUCUGAUGCAGUUCCUGUUUGGACUGAUCUUCAUCAGAUGGGACAGCGGUAGGCUGGCUCUGCGGUGUUUCUCUGAUAAAGUCUCUACUUUCUUGAGCUACGGCGUGGAGGGAGCUGAGUUCGUAUUCGGUGAACUCCUUGUUAAGAAUGAACAAGUUUUUGCGUUUAGUACGCUACCAGUGAUAUUUUUCUUCAGUAUGCUGGUAGAGGUUCUAUUCUUCUGGGGAGCACUGCACUGGUUCUGUCUCAAAUUAGGUCGUCUUUUACAAUCUGCUACCAAGACCACAGUGUGCGAGAGCAUAAUUGCUGUGGGAAAUAUGUUUUUAGGCAUGACAGAGUCAAUUUUAUUGAUAAAACCUUACAUCGGAGUGAUGACUGCCUCAGAGCUGCACGUUGUCAUGUCGUCAGGAUUUGCCACUAUUUCUGGAACAAUGCUGGCAGCUUAUAUUGGUUUUGGUGCUGAGCCGGCCCACCUGGUGACAGCGAGUGUAAUGUCAGCGCCAGCCGCAAUCUGCUUCUCCAAGCUGAUGUAUCCUGAGACGAGACGCUCUCUCACCACCGUAGACAACAUACCACCCGUGGAGAGACAGGACCAAUCAGCUCUAUCCGCAGCAACUCGCGGCGCAACCAACGGUAUAAACCUGAUCCUCAAUAUCAUAGCCAACCUGGUUGCCUUUGUGGCGGUCAUCGCCUUCAUCAACGGCUUUAUUAGUUACUGCAGCGGGUUGCUGGGUAACCCUGAUAUAAACCUGGAGUGGAUAUUCGGCAAGAUCUUCAUACCUCUUUGUUGGUUGAUGGGUGUCCCCUGGGAAGAAUGCGAGCUGGUGGGAUCUCUGAUAGGUCUCAAGACAGUCGUCAACGAGUUUGUGGCAUACCAGCGGAUGGGAGAAAUGAAACGAGAGGGACUGCUGUCCCCGCGGUCCGAGCUGAUCGCGACCUACUCCCUGUGUGGCUUCACGAAUCCUUCAUCAGCUGGUAUCAUGAUCGGAGCGAUCUCCGCCAUGGCUCCCAACCAGAGAGAGACACUAUCCAGUUUGGCUGUGAGAGCAUUUUUCACGGGUUGCGGAAUAUGCUUUAUGAACGCGUGUUUAGCUGGUAUAUUAAUGCCAGACGGUUCCUUCGCUUAAAUUAAUUAAAACUAUGGCCGAGAGUAAAUCUAUUUUGUGAUAUUUAAUAGUAUAAUUAAUUAUAACCAGAAUCUAGAUUAUUACCCGAUUAUUGUAUACACAUCGGGUAGCUACUAAAAAUUUGUAUAUUUAUAAUGGUUCUUAAGAUUCGUAUAAAUAAUGUAUGAUUUUGUAUUAAAGUUGUAAUUAUUAUUUCAUUAGAAAUAUUUAGAUCGUAAGAUUAUUUACUAUAUAUCAAUAUAAGUUUCUAUAAAAACAUUAAUUAAGCGAUCAUCAUUUGUCA